AUGCCCGGCCGCAAUGACGCUGCUCCCCCGGCCCCCCCGGCCCCCUCGGCCCCCCCGGUUCCCAACAACUGGACUCCGGAACCCUCCAUGGGCGUGUUGCCCGUCCUGGCCAACCCCCACGAUUAUCCCGACCGAGCACCCCGCAGCAACGCCGCCACGGCGGCAUCCGCGGCCGGCGUGAGAGCUCUGAGCGCCCAGCUCGUCGCCUUCUACUUCCGCGCCCCGGCCAAGGCCUUCUUCCGCACUCGCGUGGACUACCUGGCGUACGCGCGGACCGUCCACCAGCAGCAGCUGACGCGCAUGCUCGAUGCCGCGGCGCGGGACGGCUCGGCGUCGGGGUCGGGGUCGCGGUCGCGGUCGCGGUCGCGGUCGCGCGUCUUCCUCCGGCGCGCCUGGAUCUGGCUGGCGAGCACGACGCCCGGGGUCGUGACCUCGGCGGUGCGGCAUCAGGGGUGGAGCGUGGUGCCGCACCAGAUUCUCCCUCCGCUCCUGGCCAACGUCGGCGUCGGCGCCGUCCUGUACACCAGCUACCUGCAUCUGCUGGGCCAUCUGCACCAGGGCAGCGCCAAGGCCGCCAAGAGGGUGUACCCGCCCCCGUCGCCGGCGAGCACGUUUGCCGCGGGUUUCCUGGCCGGCGGCCUGCAGAGCGUGCUCGCCGCGCCGCUGGACGCCCUCCAGGCCCGCUACGACCACCACGACCUGAUGCCCGGCGACGGAAGCGGCCGGCCCCGGAGCAUGUGGAGCUUCGGCGCCGAGAAGCUGCGCGAGAUUGGCUUGCGGGGCGUCUUCGCCGGCUGGGGGCUGUCGUUUGCCAAGGACAGCCUGGGCAGCGCCGUCUUCUUCAGCACGUUUGAGUACGUCAAGGCCCAGGGGUACUACCGCUUCGUCACCUGGUACUACGGCGGGCUGGAGCAAGACACGGUCGACCUGCUGGCCGUCAAGAGACCCCCCUCGCAGCAGGGCGCGGCGGCGGCGGCGGCGGCGGACGGCAAAGCCAGCGUCCUCCGACCGCACUACGCCAUAGAGCCCAUGUUUCUGUUCGCGGCCGGGUUCGGCGCGUCCCUCUGCCAGCAGCUGCUCCUGCACCCCCUGUCCCACCUGCAGGCCAAGCACUGGGACCGCCUGGAGGAGCUGGACGAAAAGGCCGCCCAGCGCCGCCGCCACCGCCGCGACCAGCCGUGGCGCAUGCUUCGCGACUACUGCCGCGCCUACCGGGCGACGUGGGCGGCGUGCAAGGCCGAGGCGGCUGCCGAGCGGCAGCGCUUGACGACGUGGCUGUACCGGGGGUUCUGGUGGAACGCGAUCCGCCAGGUCCCCAGCACAAGCGCCGGCCUGGUCAUCUUUGAGCUGAUUCGGCGCAAGUACGGCUACGGGGCCCAGGAGGUGAGGAUCACCAAGGACGGCUACGACAUCCUGCUCAGCUAG